AUGGCGCCGAAUAUACCUGUCAAAGGAAUAAUCACACAUGUUGCACAACCGGCCAUGAUUGUAUGGAAUAUUGAUAAUAGAGAAAUCACAUUUUGUACGGAUUCAACAUCUUUUAAGUGCGGAAACACCGAGGGCUUCUUUGCCUACAUCACGCUCGACAAGAGACCCUCCACGACGAUUGGUAAUCCGUCACCGACCACUGGUUGUCUCAGCCGGACAUCCGAGGCCGAAUUACGUACAGGAGCAACCACUUCGAUAUCGGUGUAUAUACCGAGUCUAAACACCAGGCUCGAGAAGUACAUGUCCACAUAUUCAACCAACUUAUGCGACCCCGGAACUUAUUAA